UAAAUUCAUCUCAAUGCCUCGGUCAUUCCCGCCUCUUCGGGAAGAGUCUAAUUCUAGUAUACCAUAUUUCUCAUUCUAAAACCCUAGAUAUCUCUUCCCAAAACCUUAAGCCUCUUCCAUGGAGUUCUGGGGUAUUGAAGUUAAGGCCGGACAGCCUAUUAAAGCGGAUCCUGGUGCUGAUUAUGUCAUCCAUUUGUCCCAGGCAUCACUUGGUGAGUCAAAGAACAAGGCAGAUUCUGUUCCGCUCUAUGUGAAUACUGAUGGGAAAAAACUUGUUCUUGGAACUCUUUCCCACCAGAAUUGCCCCCAAUUAUCUUUCGAUUUGGUAUUUGACCAAGAGUUUGAGCUUUCACAUAACUGGAAGAAUGGGAGUGUCUAUUUCCUUGGUUACAAAACUUACGUGCCAGAGGAAGGUGAUGAUUUUGAUAUGUCUGGUGAUGAAGUAAGUAGUGAUGAGGAGGAGGAGCUUCCUCUGGUUGCUGCUGAAAACGGAAAAGCCAAGGCAGAUGCAAAAACAGCCAAGGCUAAUGCUGGGAAACCAGAGCCUGUUAAAUCGGCUGUGAAGAUAGCAGAACCUAGCAAGAAAACCGAGGAUGAUGAUGAAGAUUCUGAGGAUGAGGAGGAUUCUGAUGAGAUGUCUGAGGAUGAUACUUCAGAUGAGGAGGAUGAAGAAACACCAAAGAAGGUCGAGUCAAGCAAGAAGAGACCUGCGGAACCUGCAACUCCUGCUUCUUCAAAAAAGGCUAAAUCUGCAGUUACUCCUCAGAAGACAGAUGGUAAGAAGGGUGGUCACACAGCAACGCCUACCCAGCAAAGCAGGCUGGGAAAAGUUCAAUAAAGACUCCAAAGUCUGGUGGUCAAUUCUCUUGUGGUUCUUGUAAACAAGUCUUUCGGGUCCGAGGGUGGUUUAGAUUCUCACAAGAAGGCCAAGCAUGGAGGCAAAUGAGGUCGGGGUUAUGUGCUCUAAUGUGCAUGUUUAAGUUUUGGGGACAGAGACAUCUUUUGUCUUGUUUUGAUAGACUUAGUUAAUGAGGGAUUUAAGGUUUAAAUAGACUUGUGCUUGCUUCAAUUAAUAUUAUGUUUUUCCUUGAUGAUUCGGAACUUUAGGUUAAUAUUAUUUUAGGUGGGUAUGUUUGCUUCAA